UACAAAAGCAAAAGUGGAAUCAGUGUGUAGCAGUAUAUAUCAGCUGAAUUACCGAUUUUAGAAGAUGGCAGUCAUUUGCUUGUCUGCAGUGAUUAUCGUGUUCUUUGCGGAAUGCUUAUCAGCUGCACCAGUUUCCCCUGGAUAUGACAGACCAGAUGAGAACAAAAAUUAUUUUGCAGAGGAAUAUCUGAAGAAUUUUUAUAACUUGAGUUCAGCUGCAAUUAGGGGUAGGAGUCGUAAUCGCUUGGGAGAGAAAAUUAAAGAAAUGCAAGCAUUUCAUGGUCUGAAUGUAACCGGGCAACUGAACAAUGAAACCCUAUCAGAAAUGAUGAAGCCAAGAUGUGGUGUACCAGAUAUAGGAAGAUAUUCUACAUUUAAUGGACAACCUAAAUGGGGAAAGACUGUCAUAACAUACAGGAUUGUGAACUACACACCCGAUAUGCGACAUGCAGAUACAGAACAGCAGAUACAAGAUGCUUUUAAGGUCUGGAGUGAAGUAACACCUUUAACAUUCACCCAAAUUCAAAAUGGAAUUGCUGAUAUCAUGAUCUCCUUUGGCACUCGCUCUCACGGUGACUAUUACCCAUUUGAUGGUCCCAGAGGAACCUUGGCCCAUGCUUUUGCGCCUGGAAAUGGAAUCGGUGGUGAUGCCCAUUUUGAUGAAGAUGAAGUCUGGAGAACUGAUGGAAGAGAUUACAGUUUGUUUCUGGUUGCCGCUCAUGAGUUUGGGCAUUCUCUGGGCCUGGAUCAUUCAAAUAUCAAGUCUGCCUUAAUGUACCCUACAUAUAAGUAUAUAUCAAAGAAACUCUUCAGACUUUCAGAAGAUGACAUAAAAGGAAUACAGCAAAUUUAUGGGAAACGCACAGCUGGGUAAUUUGCUGAAUCGAAAGAAAUGUAAGCUAAGCAACCAAAAAUCGUAAAACUACACAAUGGACAAAAUGAAUGGAUGAGCAACAACUGAAGAAUUCUGGAAGUGGGCUGUGAUUCAGACUUAUUUUUUUAUAUUUACUACUAUUUCUUGUCAAACAAUAGUUUCCUGUAAAGCAGAAUUCCACUCUAAAGACACAAAUGUUUGGAAUGCAAUGUUUAAGCAGUAAAGCACAAAAUUGUUUCAGUCAGUCUGCCAGGAUGUAUUGCAAGCCCUUUGAGGAACGGAGACCUCAGAUUAUUGAUUCAGUCCAGAGUUUAACAUACCAGAAAAAAGUGCUCUCGUGCUGAAAACUGUUUAUAUGUUUAUGUCAAAGUUGGCUUGUUUAGCAAUCUUUACAUAUAAGACUGGAGCAGUACAAUCAUUAAUUGGACUAAUCAUCUAUGAGUCAUCAGAUUAAAUUUGCCAGUUUCUUUA